AUGUGUUUCUGGCGCCAUCAACGCUACGCUUGCACCCACCCCGCUCCCGACAAGUUUGCGAGCCCCUGCGAAAAGUACCCUACCUGCAACGUGAAGAGGUUCCAGCAGGGCAUCUUCAACCUCCGGACUCGGUGCCCGGCUUGUAUAUACGACUAG